AUGUCAGAUUGGUUAAAUUUUUUUGGUUGGGCAUUUCUCCCUAGUUUAGUUACAAAUUGGAUUCAAAAUAUAUAUUAUAAAAUAGUUUAUUCAGCAGGAGCGAAUAUACCAAAACGUGGACAAGCAAAACACGCAUUGCAUCGCAAAAGAAUUUACAUUUUUGUCGUAUUGGCCUAUUUAAUUUAUACAGUUGUUGAAGUAAUUCGUUCCAUACCUCCAAGUUAUUAUAAUAUGCUUGGAGUUAAUCAAGAUUUUACUCCUAAAGAACUUAAAUCUAAUUUGAGAAAACUAUUUGGACCGGACAUAAAUACUUGGAAUAACUGUAGAACGAUUCGAGAUUACCUAUCAAUUGGAAGAAAUUAUUUUACAGGAUUUUAUUUAGGAACGGGACUUAUUUUAUUUAUCAUAAACAUAUUAGGAAAAGGACAAUUUGGUAGAUUUUGGAGAUUUGUAGUAUUUUUUGGUAUGGCAUGUAUUGAGGCUUCAUUAAUUUUACAUCCAAAACCUUCAACAUUUUUAACGUAUAUAACGAGUAAAUAUGUGAUCUUUGAAAAGAUUACAAUAUUUCGACAACUUUUUAUUACAAUCUUUAUUGCACUUUCACAAGUUGGACCUGUAUUAUUUCCUUCAGAUAAUACAGAAGAUUUACGCCCAACUCUUCAUAACCUUGAAAUUUUAAGUAAUGCUGCCAAUGAAGAUGUUAAAAAUCAACUCAAAUCAGGAUUUUAUCCUUUUCAAAAUGAUACAAAUGCUCAAAAUGACUUAAAAAGAAAAAUGGAAAAAUUGGUGGUGGAUACUUAUUUACGUCAGAACGAUGCUGAAUUUGUUCAAAUGUAUAGUCAAGUUCAUCAACGUAUCGUAUCUAGUCGUAAAAAACACAAAUGA